CUCCCAGCGCACCGAAAGAUGUGACGGUAUCGUUUUCAGAAGUUGAAGCAACUGUCAAGGUACAUUGGAAUGCCCCAGAUGAACCGAAUGGUAAACUUACCAACUAUAAGAUAUGCUGGAGACCUCAGGAUAAACAUCGUCAAUACAAUUGGACGUGUAAGGUGGUACGGGGUCAUGUAUUGAAUGACAAAAUAUCCAACAUCAAUAAAAGUUUGUCAUACGCCGUGAAAAUACUGGCAAAGAAUCGUGCUGGCGAAGGAAAAUUUUCAAAAUCUGAAAUAUUUCCAGGAGGUAAUUUGCUUAUGGGCCACCCAAUCUAGCGAUUCAGAGCCGUGCAUGCCUGGCCAUGUGUGGAAAACUAUAUAUGAAAGUGAGCUGAGGAGGAUUCGAGAUCUAAAACUAGAUCAUUUCAAGAGAUGGUCUCAUAUCGUUUCACGUUGCGAUUAAUUCACUCCACAUAUAAUUAUCAUACAGAUCCUUUGUUUAAGGACUCCAAUUUAUAAAAUUGCAUGGCAUUCGUAAACUAUACAGAUUGGUCAAUUUAUUUUUUAUUGGAAGAACGAUAUCAUACCAUAUUACUUAUUAUUAAAGAUAUAAUAUGUUUACAUCGAAUAAUCAAAUAAGAGAAUUAGGAGGGCUAAAGGUCUUAGUGUUUCAUUUUGCAGGACAAGAUUAAGGCGAUUUUCAGUAUGAUUUUAAGGUUCAAAAUUCUUUAAUUCCCUGCAUACCAGAUGAAAUCACUUCUGAGGGUAUUUUCAAGUCUAAAGUAAAAUUAUUUUUUCGGUCCAGCUAUGGACAGCUGCAGAUGUAUCAAUAACUCUUUUAUAUAGAUUGAUAUAGCGAAUGCUUUAUGUAAAACAAUUUAAUGCUGUUGCCAAUAACUUAUCAAUUUAGAUUAAAAUCAAAUGUAUAUACUUUAUUUUAUUAGUCGUAUUACCCCGUUGACUCUCUAGUCUCUACACCCCCUUGGUCCAGAGGAGGGAGGGGGGACACCCACCCAAUUAAAUUCAUUCAUGCGUUAUUUACACGAUAAAGAGACGCAAUAAUAAUGUAUUUUACUUUUUUUAGCUUCCGUCAUAAGUAUACCUAGCAUUGCCUCAACAACAGGUUAGUAUAGUAUUAUGAGUUGGUAAGAAUUUUAUGGAAAAUAUGCAAAAGAUUAAAAUGAUCAACAAAAUGGACAUUUGCAUUUUUGAUUAAAUUUUGAUCUCAACAAGUCUAGAUAAAAAUUUCAUCACAGCUUGAAAGAGCAUCACAAAAUUAGUAAUAUUCCAAAGUUUCGUUGCGAAAUGUUGUGAAAUGCGGAUAAUAUAGCCUUGCGAAGUUUGCCGUUUUUCAGUCAUUUUCUAUUACAAACGGGAAAUUGACAGCCCCAAAGGGUAUUAUAUAGGCUGUCAAUUUCCCCCGCGUAAUGCAAAAUUACUGAAAAACGGCAAACUUCGCAAGGCUAUAUUAUCCGUAUUUUACAACAUUUCGCAACGAAACUGUGGAAUGUUACUAAUUUUGUGAUGCUCUUUCAAGCUGUGAGAUCAAAAUUUAGUCCGUAAUGCAAGUGGUCCAUUGAAGAGACAAAAGAGCUGAGCUUGAUCUCAAUAAAUCAAUAGCGAAAAUUAAGAAACUGCGUUUAUUGAAAGAAACCGGAAUUCCACAUUGUUAUUAUUAUUAUGCAGAUCCCCUAUUGAAUAAUGGCACAGCGAUCAAUAAACCUGAUCGUGGGCCAACAGCGGAUUCUACCGAAGGAUAUAUUGAAGGUGAGACGAAUACGUUUAAACAAGAUUAUAAACAUGUAAUGUAACAUAUAAUAAUGCGGCAUUUAUAUACCGUAUUUGAAGUCAAUAAGGAACAUACUUGACUAGACAGGUUGAAUUAUUAAAGGUAUGGCUAUAAAAAUUAACUUUGUCUUAUUUGAAAGAACUUUUAAAGUUAUAUAUGAAGAUCCUUUACAACGUUUUCGUACCUUGCUUGGUUGUCGAAAUAUUUUGACCAAAAACAGUGUGCAGUCUGCCAUCUUGGUAUUAUAUUUGACCUAAUUAACUGACUUUUUGAUGACGUCACAAGCAGGGUAAACUUGUUAAAACUUCUUCAUGUGGGAUUAAAUUUCUUCGAAAAGUUUCUUAAAAUGUUGUGAGUUAAUUGAGCACUAAAAAGACGGAAAAUCGAGUUUCAUAUUGAUAAUGACAUGUGGUUUGCAAAAUAAAAAUUUCGCUUUUUACCCUACUAGUGACGUAUGCAUAUCGAAUGCAUAUCCAAGAUGGCGGAACGCACCCUACUUUUGAUCAAAAUAAGUCGAUUUAUUUCGAAAACCAAGCAAGACACGGAAUAAUUAUAAAGGAAGUUUAUAUAUCAUUUUAAAUGUUCUUUCGAAUAAGACAAACUUAAUUUAAAUUUGCCAUGUAAUAAUAAUGUCUUUAUUUAAGCUGGCAGAAUACUGAUAUUGUUUUUGAAGUGGUAGCACCAGUACCACAUGAUUAUCACAUUGGACAAUAAUGAGGGGGGAACUAAUAAUGUUUAAGGUAUAAAGUUAUACAAAAAUAUUGAUGUAAAUCAGCCUAGUCCCAGGCUCUCUCUCUAUUCGCUGCUUUGAUAUAUUUAAAUAAGUCUUAAAAGUUUUAUGCCUGGGUGUGCUGUGCGGAACGCUUCGGCGAGAGGCCUAGCAGAUUUCGGUAAAAUGGUCCCUGAUUUCAAAAAAGUGGUCCCGGGCCUGGUUACGAAGCAUACCUCAUUUGUAAAUAGAAAAUGUUAUGGAAAGUUCCUUUGCGUUUAUAAUUAAGUCAUUAGUUUUGCUCUAAUGCUGUCGGAACAAUGAAAUGACUCGUGUUUACUAAAAUAUAAAGACAUAGUAAAUGCUAUCUAGAAGCUUGAAAAUUAUGCCGUGUCUCCGACUAAAAAUGUUUUGACAACACUGUCAUGUCAGGCAAACAUUUCCAAUCUCCUCAGCUACUUAAACCUGUCAAGUAGAAAGCGUAGUUGCAUGUGUAUACCAGUAUGGUCUAGUGUUGAUCACAACUUGCGAGUAUAUAUAAAUAAGAUCAACGAUUAUACGACCAUUGCUCAGACUCGGUAUCGUAAAUUUGUAUAUAAUUUUUUUUAUUGAGCACAUUUUUAGUACCGUUUGAAUUUGGUUAUGUAGACAUCGAACAUGAUCAACGAACAUGUCGUAUUUACAAGGUUACUUGUAUAUAAAUUUUCCGCCAUAUUAAAAAUACUGAAAUCUGCUAGGCGUUCUGAAGCACCUUUAGCGGUGACGUCACACUUAGGUCCCAGUCUCGUACUACAUCCACGUUUUUUCUCGCGCUUGCUUCAGAACGACUGGGACUAGGCUGGAUGUAAAUAUGUAAAACCUAGAGGGGCAGAUUUGUGUUGGUCCUCACUUCUUUCUUUCUCCAGCGCGCAUGGCAUCGCGGAAGCGAAAGGCAGGAACUGUAGACUGCAUCGUUCUCUCUCUCUCUCUGUGAAACUUGCAUCGUUCUCUCUCUCUCUCUCUCUCUCUCUCUCUCUCUCUCUCUCUCUCUCUCUCUCUCUCUCUCUCUCUCUCUCUCUCUCUCUCUCUCUCUCUCUCUCUCUCUCUCUCUCUCUCUCUCCCUCCCUCCCUCCCUCUCUCUCUCUCUCUCUCUCUCUCUCUCUCUCUCUCUCUUCAGAUGAAAACCAUAAACAAUGCAUGUAUGAAUUCAAAGUAUUCUCGUCCACUGAUUGUUUGUUCGUCCAAUUUUUGUGUAGGCACUCCUACUCAAGUUAAGGAGAAAGUCGCAGGUAUUGUGUUAUACAAACUUUGGAUACGCAAGUCCGUUGUGUCAUCGAGCUUAGGGACUGGUCAUAAAGUAACUGCUAGGGUGGGCUGGAGGCAAAUCACAAAUUUUGCCAAUAAGUUCGGUGACCCAUCUUAGGAUGUAGAUAAAAAUUUCAAAGCCCAUCUAAUCUUACAAAAAAAAUUUCAUGACCCACCCAAUCUAAAUUGGGAAAAUACACUUUUAUAACACAAAAAAAACUUGCAGGUAUAUGAACAUUCUAAAUAUACACCGGCACUGUAUUGACAUACAUAAUUCCACCAAGCUUGACCAACACAUUCCUCACCAAUUACGAUACGACUGAGCUGCUCUCCAGUUGGUUGUAUUUGCUGUGAUUCGACUACUUCUUGUUGUAUAAACAAAGUACUGGCUUCAAUAGCAUCAUUUGCAUUUGAUAAUUUGGAUAUUUUUGUUUACUUUUAUUAUUAAUAACUUUAUUUUUUGAAGUAGACAUGCAUGGGUUUUUGUUUGGUGGCCCAACCGUGGACAUACAAAAACAUUGGCGGCCCAUCGAAACUGCCCAAAGAUUUUCCAUGGCCCAUCCCAAAUCACUCCAGCCCACCCUAGCAGUUACUUUAUGACCGGUCCCUUAUUGCAAGUCUCAAACAGACUUGCAACCUUGUUGGUAUUAUCAUGGAUAAUGAAAUACAUGCCUAGGAAACUAGCUGACGUGACCUAAUGUUUUCAAUGGGAUGAUGGCGUUGAAACCUAGUUGCAAACCAAAUUCUCAAAAACGGCAUGUUUAGCGAUAAUACAUCUAAACAUUUUAGUCAAAGAGCAAAUAAAUAUAACUAGGCCAUUCUACGAUGAAAUCUCUAAGUAUUCCCGGUCAAUUUUAGCAAAUAUUUCAAGCACUAAACAGUGAAAAAUGCAUCCCAAAUUUCCUAAAAAUUGGCAACGCCAAUUUCGUAGCUACAAAUGUAAAAAAAAAUACAAAACAAAGACGAAAAACAUUUACCUUGAAUACUUUGUCCUGGCUUAGGCAUGUUUUUAAAACAAUUAGACCAGUUUAUGCUUCAAUAUUACUCUUUUAAAGCGGAAAAUAUAGCGAAACGACAAAAAUGCUGCGAACUUUGAUAAUGCGCGUGACGUCACAGAUUGCAAGGUUUAGACUGUGACGUCAGGAAGUUUCCUAUAUCCAGUUAUUUUACAAUCCAUGGUAUUAUCAGGCUUGUUCCAACAAGUCCGAUACAGUCACGAUGUAACAAUAUUGUUACAACCUUGUGUGGCCAACCUUGUGACAUACUUGUUUAAACAUGACUGUAUCAGACUUGUUACAACAACCUUGUAUAACAAGUCUGAUAAUGCCAUCAAGCUUGUUACAAGUUGUGAACAGCUUGUUCCAAACUUGAUACAACAACUGGGAACAAGCAGUGCGAACACAACCUAAGAUCUUGAUUAUUUUUAGACAAGGGUGGACACAGCUUAACCUCUGACGAGAAAACAUUAUGGAUAGUUAUAGCUGUCAUCGCCGCCAUUACGUUGAUAGCCAUUGUUAUCAUAAGUAUCGUUUUGUGCAAGAAACGAUCACGUGGUACGCCGGUGAUAAGAAGGUAG